UUUCAGGAUAUGUUGGGGCGAUCCGCGCACACCCUGCGGUUCAUUUCAGCUGCAGGAACGUCGUAUCAGUCUGCUAGGAAUACAUGGAUUCUUAGGCGAGUUUAUGCACCGGAACCCACUCCGCCUGGUAAAGUGCAGCGAAAUCCGGAAGAGCUGCCGAAUCUGAUGAAGCUGGAGACUGUAGAGUAUGAGACAUUGAAACCGGCCGGACCAUUGAAGGUCAUUCUGCUGCAAGACAUAGAAGGAGUUGGGCAUCAAUUUGAUGUCGUUGAUGUCGACAGAAGGCUGGCCAGAUCAGAUCUUCUCCCCACAAGAAAGGCCGUAUAUGCAUCACCGUUUGACUUGGAAUAUUAUGCCAAAGUCAAAGAGAAAAUGGCUGAUGAACUAGCGAAGAGGGUGCGAAUACCUUAUGAAUUCAUCUGCAUUGGGCGAGAUCUCCAGGCAAUGAUAGUACCAGUCAAAGUCAGCAUGGAAAACAAGUGGACAAUCAAUAAGAAAGUCAUUAAAACUUCGCUACGGCAAAACGGAGUGGAUAUGCUAGAUGAUGCGAUAUUUCUCGAAGACGAAACUAUCAACGGACCUAAUUUCGAAAUAGAAGCACGUCUAAUCAGAUUCUAUGUUGUGGUGUCCAAGCAGUACAUUGUGCCUAUGCUAGGCAAAAUAACCCACAUUUCUGUCGAUGAGUCAAAACAGAUGCUGACGCCAGAUAGCACACGUGCACCAACUUCUGCUCAGUUGGCGCGAUUCGGAAUCAAAGAAGAACAACCACAUUAUAGUCAAACUCCAGACAUAGAUGAGAAUUUCCCAGUUGUUGACUUCAUGAAAAGAAAGGCGCGAUAGUCUAUGAAGAUCACGUAGCUGUUUUACUGCUGCAUUCAAGUUGUGCAUUUAUGUAUAUGUUCUAUUCGUUGUACAUUUUGUUGUUCGUUAAAGAAUUUUUUUU